CCGUGACCCGGAUGUACUCGCUGUGCGCUCAGACUACGGAGGCCGUGUUGUGUUUACGGCGGUGCCGCUCCUCCUGGUGGCCUGAGAGGAAUCCGUAACCGACCUCCGGGGAUUGCAGGUCUGUCCAUCCUGAGGUGAUAUGUAGAUGAACGGACAUUGACAAUUUGCAAAAGAUGCCCCUUGGACUGAAGCCAACAUGCACCAUGUGCAAAACCACCUCCUCGUCCAUGUGGAAGAAAGGAAGCCAGGGAGAGAUCCUCUGCAACAGCUGCACCGGGAAAGGCAGCUCCGGGGGUGGUAACUACACCGGCAGCACCGCGGCAAGCAGCACUGGCACAAGUUUUGCCAGUACUUCGACUGCCCAGCAGAGUAAUGGAGGCAGCACCAAACAGUCCAAGCAGGAAAUCCACAGGAGAUCGGCCAGACUGAGGAACACGAAAUACAAGUCUGCCCCAGCGGUUGAAAAGAAGGUUUCCACCAAGGGAAAAGGCAGGCGACAUAUAUUUAAACUGAAAAACCCUAUUAAAGCUCCAGAAUCUGUGUCUACAAUAGUGACUUCUGAUUCCAUCUUCCACAAGGGUCUGUAUUAUCAGACUGGGGAUGUGAUUUCGGUCGUGGAUGAUGAUGACGGUAAAAUAUACUAUGCCCAGAUCAGGGGCUUUGUUCAGGAUCAGUACUGUGAGAAGAGUGCAGCCCUGACAUGGCUCAUCCCUACAGCCUGCAGCCCAAAGGACCGCUUUGAUCCAGCGACCUACAUCGUCGGUCCAGAUGAAGAUCUUCCUCGGAAAAUGGACUGUUUGGACUUUGUGUGCCAUGCCCCAUCUGAAUACUUCAAGUCCCGAUCAUCGCCGUUUCCCACACUACCCUCCCGGCCUGAGAGAGGGUAUAUCUGGACUCACGUCGGCCCCACCCCUGCAAUCAAUAUCAAGGAUGCUGUUGGCAACCAUUUAUGAUUGUGUCUGGACACUGGUGGUGACCCUGAUAAACGAGGGGUCGGUCAUGUAACACAGGAAGGUUUGUGGAAUCGCAAUAAGGACUCUCCUUCCAGCUUCUGUAGAUUAGAGCGAAAGCCAUAAACCAGUCACAGCAUGGCGCAGGAGCUAUUCGGAUGCAGGAAUGGCCCCCAUAGUCCUGUAGCGCCCUCUAUAGGGCUUCAGUCCACAGGGUAAACAGUGGCGUAAAAAUACACAGUCUUCAGAAGUGACUUGUAGUGAGGAGCAACAGAGGAUCAGAUACAUGUGAAUUGUUGGGGUGUGCCCUAGGGGAAGCACAGAGCCUCACUUUUGGAUAAGGUCGUGAUCAGUGAUCGGUGCAGCCGCUCGGCUUUUGAUAUUUUCUCCUUUUUUACCUUUUUAUCAUGGUACAUUUUGAUAAUCUGUCACUAAAUACAAGCUGCAGCGAGAUCACGUAGCAAGGUGUUUGCUUUAUAAACUCUGAGUGUAUCACGAUAUAAUGUACGUCGGUGACAGGCAUGUCUGAACCCGAGAGAUUAGCAGAACUGUAUAGGCGCCGCUUCUCCCUGCCUACAGAAUCUGUUCAGACCGCUUUUGCCGGACGUUCCAUCUCCUCUGCCAACCAGUGAUAGGACACAGUACUUUUUAAUACACGCUACAGCUGCUGAAGAACCUCUUUUAUGAACUGUACUGUGUUCCAGCUGCUGCAGAACAUCAUCAUGCACACACACAACAAUCUAUGCUGGGCAGGAAUCGUCCCGUUUUACUCUUCAAAAAGAGUUUCGGCAGCAGCUGAGGUGGGAUUUAUAAGAAGCAAUAUACUCCUUACUAUCAGUAUCCCAUAUACAGCAACCUUGUGUCUGUGUAGAGAUUAUAUAGAAUAAAGAAAAAUGGCAGCACUCCC